UAUCAACUGGCCACUAGGUGGCGUGCUGAGUUCAAGCAGGUGGUGACGCAACCCUUGGCGAAGCAGAGGAAGAGACGGCAGAUACCGCACCUUCGACCAAGGUAAAGCAUGGCAAUGACUGGCCCGAGCUCGUGCUCCUCCAUGAGUAACCACACCAAGGAGCGGGUCACUAUGGCCAAAGUGACCCUGGAGAACUUCUACAGUAACCUCAUCGCCCAGCACGAAGAGAGGGAGAUGAGGCAGCAGAAGCUGGAGAAAGUGAUGGAUCAGGAGGGCUUGGCAGAUGAAGAGGUGAGUAACAAACAAACACACGUGCAGCAUGCUUUGUGGCAGUACGGGAGAAUUCACCUGAAGUUGUCCUCAGUCCCCGUUAUAAUGGAGGAUUUUCUCUCUUGCUCUCUCUGUCCCGGGGGGAGGCUUGAAAGUAUGUGUACCUACAAAAAUGGGGCCGUGCAGAAAAAGGUGUGUCUCUGUCAGGUUGGUCUGAGCAUUGCUGUGUUUUGCCUCCAGGUUCGUCUGGUGCAGAAGAAAGACACCGGUCACGUCUAUGCCAUGAAGAUCCUCCGAAAAGCUGACAUGCUGGAGAAAGAACAGGUUGGUCAUAUCCGUGCUGAGCGGGACAUCCUGGUAGAAGCAGAUAGUCUGUGGGUGGUCAAAAUGUUCUACAGCUUCCAGGAUAAGAUGAACCUUUAUCUCAUCAUGGAGUUCCUGCCUGGAGGAGACAUGAUGACCCUGCUGAUGAAGAAGGACACUCUAACAGAAGAGGCGACUCAGUUCUACAUAGCUGAGACGGUGCUGGCCAUCGACUCCAUCCACCAGCUGGGCUUCAUUCACAGAGACAUCAAACCCGACAACUUGCUGCUGGACUCCAGGGGUCAUGUGAAGCUGUCUGACUUUGGGCUGUGCACGGGGCUGAAGAGGGCUCACCGCACCGAGUUCUACAAGAACCUGAACCACAGCCUGCCCAGUGACCUCACCUUUCAGAACAUGAACUCCAAGAGGAAAGCAGAGACCUGGAAGAGGAAUCGGAGGCAGCUGGCUUUCUCUACAGUGGGAACCCCAGACUACAUCGCUCCAGAGGUCUUCAUGCAAAAUGGAUACAACAAGCUCUGCGAUUGGUGGAGCCUGGGUGUCAUCAUGUACGAGAUGCUGAUAGGUUACCCUCCGUUCUGCUCCGAGACGCCUCAGGAGACGUACAGGAAGGUGAUGAACUGGCGAGAGACGCUGACCUUUCCUCCAGAAGUGCCUAUAUCAGAGAAGGCCAAAGAUCUGAUCCUCAGGUUCUGCUGUGAGGAGGAGCACAGGAUCGGUGCUGCGGGGGUCGAGGAGAUCAAGUCCAAUCCUUUCUUUGAGGGCGUGGACUACGACCAUAUCAGAGAGAGACCUGCUGCCAUUCCCAUAGAGAUCAAAAGCAUCGACGACACCUCAAACUUUGACGAAUUCCCCGAUUCCGAUAUCCUCACACCGACAGUCGCCCCGGUGUCCAACCAGACCGAGGCCGACCUGAAGAACAAGGACUGGGUCUUCAUCAACUACACCUACAAGCGCUUCGAGGGCCUGACCGCUCGGGGAGCGAUACCGUCCUACAUGAAGUCAGGGAAGAGAUGAGCUUCACUCGGACCCGCUUUUUAGCCGACAACACCACCAUGAAACCUGAAAGAGUCGUCCAAAAAAAAAAAAAAAAAAUCCUGCGUUGUCUGAGGAACC